UAUUUUACUUUUUUUCCAAGCAUCAUAUUCCUUCGCUAAGAGCUCACGACCGGAGAGGCCAGAAGUUAUUGUCUCUUCAACGACUUGACUGGUCCAACACCGCUUGCCUGUAAAUCCCCCCCCCCCCCCCCCCCCCCCCCCCCCAAUCUGCUCCCAUAAAAAGAGCAACUUGCAAGCAACAGUUUGUAACUUGUAAAAGUUGUACCCUAGGAAGGUCAAGUUAGCAAGGUGUCGGAAUAAUAAUUUAGAAGGUAUCAAAUCAAAAGUUUCGUAUGUUGUUUCUCAAAUAGAUAUGCGUGUAGUUUGUCGGUGAGACGCAUUAACUGUGUAGUCUUGCCGCUUUCUGAGGUUCAGUCCAUUAACUUGCGUUAGUUUACGGUCAGAAUUGACACAUUCAAUAUGGUGGACGAGCUGCCGUUUCGAAGCAACGGGCUGCCCCAACUAAAAUUGGAUCUAUGUACAUCUCAGGUCUAUAACACGCACGCUUGCUUAUGCGUGUCUGGCAUCUGUUAGCUCGCAGGCAAAGUUGAUUUGUCGUGUUUUGUUUCCUUGUGGCCCGUCUGUCAGCCAUUCUGUGUCCAUGUUCGCGACGGAAAGAUAGCCAGCCCAAGCCCACUUCAGGCGGCUACGAGCUCGACGCCAGCCCGUCAGCUCGGCGGCCCGCUGUCUCUCCACUGACGACACACUUUUGUCCGUCCCACUAAAGCGAGACAGCACCACGCACAGCGCUGGAUGACUGCUUAGAAUUAAAAACAAACCAAACAAUUCGUUUUUAAAUCGCGCAACAGUUUGAUACUGGAAGUUAGUUUAUUUAUUUGGGACAGCAGCUGACCAUGACAUUUGAUUUUGUCCUCUUGCUAAUGCCAUAUUAUCAAAUUACAGUUCAAUUGACAGUUACAUUUGCACGCAGUCACAGUACAUUGCAUUGAUUGGUUUAUUGAAAUGACAAUAAUCCUAAGAACGGGGUGUUUUCUGUAAGGUAGAAAACUAUCUGAAACACACGUAAAGUGUUCACUUGGUGACGUCUGACACGGCGAUUGGCUCGACCGGCACCGGUCACGAGACUAUCGUGACACAAAUUGGACUUGACAACGACUCUUUAAAUGCGACGACACUCACUUCCGUCAAGCUCACGACUUAAACAACGUGAUAUCCGCGACCAAAUGUUUGUCUUCCAACAUUAGGCGAGGAAGGGAAAAAAGGAGCUGGUGUGACGUCACGUUCACGAAUCGGUCCUCCUGCUCGUUUGGUAGCAAAACCACCUCAUGGAGAGUGACUGGUGGCUGCAAUCGAUGAAUUGAGCUCCAGCCACAAAUCGCCACACGAAAACAAACUCUUACUAUUGUGAAGGUUUUAACCGGAAAUAGUGCUCAAUCAAUCAGAACUUAUGUGGUUGGAGCUCCAUAGCAACCGGGGCACUCGAGAAACACAGACUUAAGUGACUACAUUGGAGCAGAAGUUGUCCGCAUCAGAGGAGGUGACAUUUGUAGACUAGAGCCUUCGAAGAUGCCUUCGACAAAGACAACCAAACACAAAGUGGCGGAGGAGAGGACCAAACUUGUCAAGCUCCAAGUGGCCCCGGUGUGCCAAAAGCGAGCGGCAAGCUGCCCCAGACCGGUGCAGAACCGGGGUCACUCCCAGUCAGGCUGCGCGCACCCCAGCCGGUCCAGAUCUACUAUGGCCCGAGGCGGACGUGACCGGGCUCCAGUUGAGCAGGACACCGCCUGGGAUGCAAAGUGGUGGGAGGACAGCGAGUGUCCGGGAUGGCGGGGGCGAGCGAACAUCCGGAAGCUGGCAAUUCACAGCCACAAAGCCUUCACUGUCAUCCCCCCAAACCCCAAGAAGAGAAGAGAUAUCCAGAAAAAGGCGGAGGCAGAGCUGGCGGCUCUGGAGGAGCUGAGACUGAGCAGAGCCAUGGCCUACGUCAACAUCCAGCCCAGCAGCGUCGGUGAGGCACAAGCACACCCCGCCUCCUUUCUUACACUUUGGCCAACAACCUGUUUAGAAUAUCCAGUACAGAUCCUAGAAAUGCUCAAAACAAAGUGUCAACGCGUGGGUGUGUCUGUGUGUUUUUUCAAAGGGGGCUGUUUGAGUCUGGAGGAAGUCCGACUGAAGCAGCAGAAGGAAAUGAUGCAGGCCAAGACAAGAGGAAGCAGAAAGCGCUGUGACGUCAUCAAGGCGGCCUGAUGAUGUGCGUGUUCUCACUGGACGGGACUGGUUCAUUUCUACUGGAGACGUGUUGAUGACACCACAUGAGAAAACAGGGCCUUCAUUUCAUUGAAAAACUUUGGGAAAUACUAUGCUCUGGCGCCAACUCACGUCGUCCCACUACCUUCGGAUGCACGUCCCCGCGUCUCACACAGCAACAAAAUAACACUUUCACACUAUUAUGUAUAUUUGCUUCUUCUGUUACAGAUGCGUUUGUGUCAAUGACUCGCAGCCAGAAGUGUUUUAAUUAUAAUAACAGUAAACACCCAUCUUCGGCUCUUCCUAACCAGUUGUAUUGGUAUUGGAAACCUGUACUGUAUAACAUUUGACUAAUGUAUUUCACUCACGCCUCCAUGUUCUGCUUUUGCACCGGCCAACCAUCCAAUACGGGUGACAGCUGUUCAAGUUCCCAUGAUGCAGCAGUUCAUUAGAAGAGAACCUUCUCAAGUGAAGGCUCUGAUGUCAUGUUGCCAGCAUCACUUUUCCUGUCCCCCAUUUGCAACUGCAUUGCUGACACCGUGGAUGGUUCCUGGACAUUCUCAAUGCCUGAGCUUGGACCACAACUUUUUUUCUUGAUAUUUUUCUCAGCCGCUUCCAUCCUAUACACCUACAAUCCAGUGUUAUUAUUGCAAAAUAAAUGUUUAUUUUUCCCCUCCCCAACUUGGUCUUGUGACACUUGUGGUCUCGAAAAGUACAUAAUCAGAUUUUCUGCCACUCGCAGUCUGUCUCCGUUUAUCAAUUUGCGAUAACGUGUGAGAAUCGCGUCUGCGUUAGGAAGAAGUCAUACUGGGUCACGGCGUUGCCAGAUACUGACAAAUUGCGUUAGAAUUUGGCUGGCAACACAUAAAUGCGUGUUUUGCGCCAGGAUCCCUGUACAAGGUUCGGAGAGCCUCUCAAAGAACAAACUUCACUGUUUGCAUCGACCAUUCAGCGUAUAUUAAUUAUCUCAGUACAGUAUAGUGAAUCGUGUCU